CAUCCCGAUCCCAACCUCACUCCCCUGGAACGUCCGGGCGCAGCGAUUGCAGGGGACCAGGACAGCACGGCCACACUGCCUGGGGCUCCGCCGCGCGUCCGCGCUGCACCGAGCCGACUCCCAGGCGCCGCGGGCUCGAGGUCCCAGCCAAGGGAGAGGUUCCCGUGCAAGCCUGGGGCGCGCGGCCUCGCGGAUGUAUUCCAACUUCUCUACGGAGCCGCGCUCCCGUCCUGCGCGCUCCCGCUUACCCUGUCCCCCCCCCCCUUUUUUUUUCUCCCUCUCUCCACCACUCCUCUUCCUUUUAUUCUCUCGCUUCUAGGCCGACGUGUGUAAGUUGCAUUCUGGACAGUCCCAGCUGUGAUGCUGAAGAGCUCUGAGCCAGCGCUCGGCCGAGCCUCCGGUUAGGAUCCCGGGCAGAGACCGCCCCCGACCCGGCGCUGACAUUAUUCUGCACAGCUCAACGGCUCCUCGCGUCUCCGCUGCCCUAGUUGUGGCCGCUCUGCUUCCCCUAGGGACUGGGGUCGUGGCAGACUGCCCACGCGCCGGGGAUCUGCACGCCUGGGGCCUGGACUCCCUUCAAAGACUCACACGGAGUGGUGAGUCCUGCGAAGGGCAAAGGAUGCUACCUACUGACUUCACUCCCACCCCUUUCAUGUAUGUAACAUAUUGAGAGAGUCGUGAGGAACAAGGAGAAACUGCCAUGAUUUACCAAGACAAGAAGUAAUCCUCGGGCAUCACAAGAUGAUUCAGGAUGGAUCCUGAAGCUGCCCAGCUAGAGAAACGGCACGUACAUGAUGUGUAUGAGAGCACCGCCCCCUACUUCAGCGACCUGCAGAGCAAAGCUUGGCCGCGAGUCCGCCAGUUCCUGCAGGACCAGAAACCAGGCAGCCUCAUCGCUGACAUUGGUUGUGGAAAUGGAAAGUACCUUAAAGUGAAUAGCCAAGUCCAUACCCUGGGCUGUGACUACUGCGGGCCUCUGGUCGAGAUUGCCCGGAACAGAGGGGGUGAAGUCAUGAUAUGUGACAACCUUAAUCUCCCUUUUAGGGACCAGGGCUUCGAUGCUAUCAUCUCCAUAGGAGUCAUCCAUCAUUUUUCUACAAAACAAAGAAGAAUUAGAGCAAUAAAGGAAAUGGCCAGGGUCUUAGCUCCCGGAGGCCAACUGAUGAUUUACGUCUGGGCAAUGGAACAGAAGAACCGACGCUUCGAGAAGCAGGAUGUGCUUGUGCCGUGGAACAAUGCACUCUGCUCCCGGCUGCUCUCAGAAUCCCACCAGUCGUGGGGGCAUCAGUGUGGGCAUCCCAUGAGCCAAGGCUAUGAGGGUCCUGGCUCUGCGUGUGGCUGUGCAGUAUGUUUGAAGGGCAGGUGCGAUUCGAAGAGGUCCCACAGCAUGGACUAUGGGCCUGUGGUGACCAGAACCUGCUGUGAAGAUAUUUCGAAGGAUGGUGAGGAAGAGAAUGGAUUGUAUAACAAUUUUGGAAAAUCUCUUCGCUCCUGGUUUUUCUCCAGGUCUUUGGAUGAAUCAACCCUGAAGAAGCAAACUGAAAGAACAGGACCUAUGAAAAUCACAGAGGGUUGGACAAAUAGCACUGUGUCCCGUCAGCCUUCCAGACAGUCCAGUUUAGACUUCCAUCCCCAGGACCCGUUGUCAACCAAAGGACCAAACUUAGAUGAGGUGUUUGUAGACACACGUUCUCAAAGACACUUGCGCUGGCUGGGACAAACGGUCACUUCGGAGACCUUCAGUGGACACCAGGGAGGACACAGCAGGAGGAAAGAGGGUGGCGAUUUUCUGGACAUCACUGACACCAGAGACAGUCGGGCUGCAGGUAACGUCAGUGAUUCUUCUGCCAGAAAAAUGUUAAGGAGAGUUUCUGCAUUCGACUCUACAGAUUCCCAAUCAGAAGACCCAAGUUGCGCAGAGGAACGGGAGGCGGCUCCGGACUCCAGAGCCUUCAUGCGCUACUACCAUGUGUUCCGGGAAGGCGAGCUGUCCGGACUUCUGCAAGAGAGUGUGUCUGAGCUGCAGGUUCUGAGUGCUGGCAAUGACCAUGGCAACUGGUGUAUCAUCGCAGAGAAGAGGGGGAGCUAGGAUCAAUUGCAUCACUCAGGGCAGGGGCUUCAGAGGUUGACCGUCAUCUGUCCACUGGGGCCGAUGUGGGCACCCAAAUCAACAUCCUGUUUCAUUGUUUUCAAAUCCAGGUACAAGAUGAUCUUUCGGCACUUUGACCUGAUCCUCUGAAUCGUUGAGUAAGCACAGAACAUGGAGCUUACUGCAUCCACCACAGGAUACGCCUGCUCAAAUGUCAAUAAAAGGACUUGAGGGAGCAAUAGAAAACGCACUUCAGUACAGGCUUGAUUUUAUUUCUCCCAGAGAUGAAUAUAUUAUAACACAUGUAUGUCCGAUGUCAGUAUUACCUUUUGGUUUUUAAAUAGUCUGCUGUUAAAUAUACCUUUUAGAAGCAGUAUUUUUUUAUAUAGAUAAAUUAUAUUGGUUCUCAGGUCAUCCCUUAGAUCUAUGUGGACGGUAACAAGGACCCCUGCUUAGCUGCUGGGUAUGUAUUCUUUGAGGCUUGCUGCAGGAGUAUCUUGCUUCCAGGCUUUGCUUUUACCUACUUCAAGCCUUCAAGAGAAGCUGGUGUGGUGCAGAAGAACAGAAAUAUUGCCCAGGCUCUCUAAAUCACGUGCAAGCAUCCUUCUGGACGAUCACCUUAAACAAUACUGUCUUUAGUGUGGCUCCAAAGGCCGUUAAAGGCACUGUUGGCAGAGGGUGUGGCUUAGUGUUAGCGCAGGCAGCUAGCAUGCUCAACAAUCAGCAUGCAUGCAGAAGAAAAGAAAAACAUUGUUAGCAUGCAGAGCAACAGAGGGGUGGGAGACAGCCUAAGUCUUUUGACGGCAUUUCCCCAAAGGUAUUAGAAGCAUAAAUACCCUACUGGGCUAGUGCCGAAACUAACCAAAGAGUUUUUGACUAGGAAAUGCUUGUCUGAGAUAUCUGAGAAUCUAAUUAGACUAGCUUUUCUGGGAAGAGCUCUGAAAAGCAUUGUGUAUUCAGCCUUGGUGGACACAUAACUGGAAUUUGCUAUUGCAACCAGGCAUUUAUACUAUUGAAGGUGACCACAUUAGGUUUAUUUUAUCAAUGACCUAGACAGAAUCAAACUUAGAGGCUGAAUUUCUGACACUCUAUAGAGCAAUGAUUAAGACCAGGCAUUGUAAAAUUGCUGUUUCUGUUUGAAUUUAACCAAGGGUUUGUUUAGUUCUGUGUCAUGGAUCCCAAGGAACAAUUUUUAUUUUAAGUAGAGACUGGACUUGGGAGAAACAAAAAUAAGUCGGCCAAGGAAUGUGGUUCCAGAUCAUCCUUUAAUAGACAGAAAAUCAAAUAGUCAUUGUACUUUCUGGACCAAUAUAACGAUGGGGAUUGAAUUAAAAUCCAAUCUUCAUUUUAUUAUUUUCCACUCCAAAAUUAACAGAAAUUAUAAUAGAUCACAUUCAUUUGGUCUUUACCCUCUUUAGUGAUUUUGCCAAAACUUAACAGAAUGAAGCUACUUUUGAGAAAAAUUCAAGGGUAAUUUUAGAAUGGCUUUGGGAAAUCCCCAAGGCUCCUCGCUCGAAAGCCAGCUCACCUCACCCCCAUUGAGGAAGUCGUCCAUGCGAUUUGCACUUCUCAAUGUACAGGGAGCCAUGACAAUAGACAUAGAGUGAAGGGGAAAUUAAAAUUUAAGGGAGUGUGCCUUUCAUUUUUUCAAAUUAUUACAUUAAACUGCAAAUAAAGGUGGCUUCGUUGGAGAAACAGCAACUCGGAGACGGUGUCGGUGACCUCCUCCACUGUGGUUUCCUGCCUCUGAGAUCUGUUGUCAUCCCUUUUCAUUUGGCUUUGCUGCAGGACCUCCAAGCUUGACAUCACCCUCUCUGGCUGUAACUUGCCACCGUCAAGGUCAUUAUAUGGAACCCAGUUCACUAGGCUGUGACGAGAUGGCGUGCCAGCUGAUGUGUCUAAGCAAGCUCAUAAAAUAAACAUACACCCCCACUUUGUAAUAAAAGGCCUUCAGUAGAGUUAUUGGGAGAGAGAGAGAGAUUUUUUUUUCAUACAGCACUGACAGAGCUGUGAACACUAGUAACAGCAAUCAUGGGCUCACUGUAGAGCAGAAGACGUCUAUGAAUCCAGAUGUUACAGUGUAUAUGUGGCAAAACUAGUAACCAGGUAACCAUUCUUCGGGCAAGUCUUGCCAGAAGCACUCUUUCAUUCAAUGUUUGCCUUUCGUGAUAAAAGCCAUUGAAAACUAAUGUAAAUAUCCUCAUCAUUCUAAAGCUCGCUCAGAGAGAAACUCAAGUCCUAAAUGAGCAGCCGUGGAGACAGAGUGUGUCCAUCAGCCUUCGCCAGCUUGUGUGUAGAUUUCCCUGAUCUGCCUGACGCUAUCUGAAAACCUCCACUGCUCAUAGACAAAAUGUUUUUUACUAGUUCCUUCCUGCCAUCACCGCAUGUCUGUCUGACAUGGAAGACAAGUUCAGGGAAGUGGUUAGAGAAUCCUUAGAGGUGGACCAGUGGUGCCUUGCUGGUUUGUGUGGAGAACUUCGUGUAAACAAACAAAUGCUUUGAUAUAAACAAAAGAUGCAAUGCGGAUAAUAUUUUCCUGGCUGCCGAGUGAAUGGUUAGCUUCUCGGGGUUAUUAGGCUUCAGAGGUUUUGUUGUUUUGUUGUUGUUGUUGUAUUGCUUGCUUUGUUUUAUUUACUUAUCGGCAGAGUGAUGCAAUUUGACUAGUGUGCUCUGGUGACUUCAGACUAGCUGCACACAACACUGACUGUCAUACAGAUUUGAUCCUCCCCUCUUACCUUACAGCCCCAUACAGUCCCAUCACUCUUUGCCAUUCCUAGUUUUCCCUUCUCCUCUGUCCCAAUUCUAGAAAACAGAGGCUACUGUUUGUGUAACUGACCUUCUUCUGAGUCGGUAAAAAUCGAAGGUGAUCCAGACAGGAAAUUAUCCAAAUGUAAAUCGGGCAUUGAAUGUCCUUGUGUGCUAUUCGCCGCCGAACAAAUGAACACGGGUGGGUCUUUCAAAUCUGUGGGCUGCCAGGAGAACAGAGAAUGGAACUCUGGUUGUUCUUGGCAGGGGAGAAAUGCCUUGAAAAUGAAGGGUGAGAGGCUUGAGGGGUGGCUUGGUGACUGGGAGUGCUUACUGUUCCAGCAGAGGACCUGAGAUUGUUUCCUAGUACCCAUUAAGCAGCUCAUAAAUGCCUCUCUGCAGAAAUCCAAGGGCGCCCACACUCACGUGUGCACAGACCCACACACAUGGAGACAAAUACACACAAACACAGAAAGAAACAGGCAGACAGAUUAAAGCAUAAAAAUGAAUCUCUUUUUUAAAAACUGGGCUACGAAGACCCAAUUUGGGAGAGAGAAGGAAAUUGGAGUGGCUGUUGGCUCUACAGCUAGACAAUGAACAAAUGAAGACAAGCAUCCCUUUCCCUGGACAUGAAAAAAAGGGAAACAAUAAUAGCAGCUAAUUGUAGUAGCCAGUGUUUAUUAUUUUGUUUGUAAUCCUCUCCACAGCUCUCUCAGACAAUUAUACUUAUGUUAUCAUUUUGCAGAUAAAAUCUAAGGCAGGCAAAGAAACUGAGCUAAAUCAUCAGAGUCUACACAUAAGCACUAAGUAUCACACAUCUGGUCAAGGGCAGAGCUAAGUUUCAAUCCCGGAUGUUCUGGCUGCAGCCUGGGUUUCUAACCAAUGUUCUCUGCGUGCCUACCUGGUGGAUCCCAGGCUCUGUGCUAAGCAAGGAACAGUGUUUAAGGUUAACUACGAUUGCCCCUUUACAAAGGCAUCAAGCAGGUUAAGAAAAGAUUAUGCAUCUCUCUCCCCUCUGUUUUCUUUUUAACUUCUUAGAUGUAUUUAUUUGUGUUUGUGUGUCUAUGUCUCCCUGUACAUGUGUGUGGGUGUGAUGAAGCCAGAAGACAACUUGCCAAGAGUUGGUUCCUUUCUCCAAGACCUUCCUGGUUGGUGGCAAGCAUCCAUACUCCCUGAGCUCUCUUUCCAGCUCUGUGUUUUCUUUCUUUCACUUCUAUAAAUGUAUCUCAAUUUUACUUGAAAAGAAGUCCUUGAUUGCAGGACACUCCGAUUGCUUCUCUACAACUCUCUAACCUUCUGAAAAUGUCUAUCCCUUUUCCUGUUUUAUGAGUGAGGAGCAUGAGGACUAACCCAGGGAUUUCAUUUACUCCAUUGUUCAGAGUUGCACAGUGCCCCAGAUACAAAUGAGAGUCUUAAGCUGCACAUAAUAUUAGACUUAAUGACCUGAAACUCAAGUGUUCUCCUGGAACGCUUUUUGCAUUUGCUGUAUGCACAGUAUUCAGACCCCUGUUCUGGGGUGGGGGUGGGGUGGCAAGGAUCGCACCUGCAUGCUAACAUGGAGAACGUCUGUCUUAAACACCAAGACUUCAUUUGACUGAGCUCACCAAAGGCCAAUGACCACCUCUAACACAAUUGCCCUGUAAGUGUGAUUUCCCAAAAGCAUGUGUCCUCUAGGAUACGAUGUGAACUCAUUUGGAAGGCAUACAGGCCCCUAGUAAGCCAACCCAUGCUAGUUUUCAGACUCAUUUCCUGCAAUUGCACCUGUUUUCUGUUCUGUAAUCUGCUAUUUUAAACAAGGGUUCCAUUAAAAUUACACAAUGACAAGUAAUUACCCCACCCCUUGAAGGAAUCCAAUAUAUUCAGACUUGAAAUGCUGUAGCUAUAUGCUUUCCUCAAAAACAGUUACCCAAACAGGCUCAUUCCGAAUGCUUGCCCAUCUGGUAAAGGACAGUCCGUGGGAAGGCAAGGGGAUCAGGGGCCCCGCUUGGUUAUUCAAGUCCUCUGGUCCAUCUUGGCUCAGACACAAGAACUUGUUUUGAUAUUAUGAACUCUGCCCUCACACCCUCAGUUAUGUACAGAACUGGGGUAAGACCUAAAAAUAGCUUUCAUGACACCUUGAAUUCCAGCACUCAGGAAUCAGAAGUAGGUAGAUCUCUGAGUUCAAGGCCAGCCUGGUCUACACAAGAUCCAGGACAGCCAGGGCUGCACAGAGAGAGCCCUUGUCUUGGUUGGGGUGGGGUGGGGUGACUCAUCAACAAAGUACUGAACUCAGCACAAAGAGCAUUCUGCAGGAGACACACAGAAAUCUAGGAGAACAAUCAAGCAGAAAAUGCAGACUAUGAAGGGUAUAAUAUUCUUGUUUUGUUGCUUUGUUUUAAACAGGGCCUCAUGCAUCUUAGGCUGGUCUCUCACUUGCUGUAUACUUGAGGAUAACCUUGACUAUCUUAUCCUCAUGAUUGAAUGCAUGUUGGGCAAGGACCUGAUCAUAGCAGGCAAACACUCUACCCACUCGGCUGCUUCUCCAGUCCUAAGGUGUAUAGUAUGUUGUUCGCCCUGAGACCUACAAUGUACCCCAGUAGAAAGAGUGUUUCAUGGCAGCAUUACCCCACAGACUGUACCUUCUCUACAAAGGUUCUCCUUCAAUUGAUCAUAAACAUACAAUGGAUCACUUUAUAUUGUCAGCGGCUAAUCUGACAAUAAAUGGCUUACUUAUGAAAGCUGAUAUACAAUUGGGUGCCCAGCUGGCAAAUACAUGCUUUGACUUUCUUUCAACUCUCGCUAGGAAAAAUAAAGCUGAUUCUAGUUUAACUAUUAACUCGGCCACAUAAAAACAACUGAUUUUCCCCCACACUGGUUAUGUAUUUGUCUAAGGUUCCUACCUCCUCAUGGAAGAAAGUGAGUCAUAGCAAUUCCUCUGUAGCAAGUGUAACCAGACAUCAAAGUCCCUAGACAAAGUAGGCACGCACUUAUGUUCACCCAGGAGGAACACUAUAAGAAAGACAAGUAUCUUUCGUAUGCACCAAUCCUAAAACUUCUGCUUAGAUGUUCCAUCGACGUAUGGUAAAGAUUCAAACUUCUCCUGUUUGUUUAUUCAGAGCAUUGGCAAUAUUUAAGAUCCACAUAUAAGUAGAAGAUCCAAGACACUCUGAAUAUGUAUGUGAAGAUGUCCAAGGUUCUUCAGAUGCUCUUAAAUAUGUAUGUUAGUAUUUAUGUAUAUAUGCAUAUUUCUAGACCUCCAGUGUUGGCUGGCAUUACUGACCAAGAAAAGAUUUCCUUGUGUACUUGUAGAAAACAUUAACUCAGCAAUUACCAUGGAAAUUCAUUUCAUUGAAUUGACUUUUGUUGUUUCAGGGACAUUUAAGAUGACUGCUGGAUGUUUUUGUGCCUUCUCUGGUGUUGAUAUAUGUGUUUGUGUCAAAAGUGCAAAGCUCUUUUUAUCCCAGAGGAAGCGAGCCAUAGUUUGAGAGCACAAACUGAGGUAAAGCAACAUCCUGCCCCUUAUAACUUAAAGGUAUUUUAUUUACAUUAAACAACAACGGCCAGGAUCUUUUUGUAACAAAUAUUAAAAAUAGUCUAGCCUGCAUGCUUGUAAUAUGUAUUUGAUUAUUUAUGUGUUUGUGUGCCCUUUAAUAAUAGUGCUAGAGAAAAAGAAUCAUGCUUUUUUUCCUGGCGUGUCAUGGCAGGAGCCGUUUAGUUCACGCAUCCAAUUCUCUUUACUCUUCAACAAAACUGGAAAAGUUUGUACUUGAACUCUGUUCCUGCUGUCUGGAAGCCGGGUUAACAAUCUAAUAAUACACUAUCUUUAAUGCAUUAAUAAAAAGAAUAUUAUCUACUUUUUAAAAGACAUAUUAAAGACUAAUAAAGAUGUAGUAGA